AUGAAGAUAAGUUUAGGGAAAGGGUCGACACAAUUAAAGACAAAAUUCCAGAACAUCUGUGAGAAUUUUGAUGUCACACGUGCAAAAAUGGUUCUAGACGAUUAUGGAGUUAACAAACAUAAACAUCAGGAAGUGGAUGUCCAUAAACGUCUGGAGGCGACACUGGAAUUGGUGAAAAAACAAGUGGAAAUUAACGAGACUGAAGUAAAUAAUUCACUUUCUGAAAAGAUUAGGGAAAGGAUUGAAUCAACUAAAGAAAAGAUUCCAAAACAUGUACUAAAAGUCAUAGAAGAAGAGCUUACAGAUCUGAAGAUGUUAGAAGCCUAUUCAUGCGAUUUGGAUAAAACUUAUGAGUGUUAUGAGUACCUUGAUUGGUUGACCGUGUUGCCUUGGGAAAAUUUCAGUGAUGACAAUUUUGAUGUGCUAAGAGCAGAAAAGAUUCUUAACGAGGAUCAUUACGGACUAUCUGAUGUAAAAGAAAGAAUUCUAGAGUUUCUUGCCGUGGCAGGACUUAGAGGCACUCCACAAGGGAAGAUCAUAUGUCUCUCAAGGCCUCCUGGAGUAGGUAAAACGAGCAUUGUGCGUUCUAUUGCGCGUGCUCUUGGCCGCAAGUUCUUCCGGUUAUCUGUUGGAGGACUACAUGAUGUUGACGUGAUCAAGGGGGUUCAUCGAUCAUACAAUCUUUGCUUACCUGGAAAGCUGGUGCAAUGUCUAAAGAGCGUGGGAACAUUUAAUCCUGUGAUUCUUAUUGAUGAGAUUGAUAAGCUUGGAAGACGGGGCCAAGAUGGCGACCCAGCCAGUGCGUUGUUGGAGGUUUUGGAUCCAGAGCAGAAUGCAAAUUUUCUCGACCACUAUCUCGAUGUUACUAUUGACUUAUCCAAGGUUUUAUUUGUAUGCACAGCAAAUGAGAUAGAUAAGAUUCCAGGUCCUCUGCUAGAUAGAAUGGAGGUGAUUAGUAUCGCAGGGUAUAUCACUGAUGAGAAAAUGCAUAUUGCUAGAGACCAUUUGUUGAUAACCACAUGCAGAGCUUGCGGGAUCAAGCCUCAACAGGUUGAUGUGACCGAUGCAGCUCUUUUUGCGUUGAUAGAGAAUUACUGCAGAGAAGCAGGAGUUCGAAAUCUGCAGAAGCAUAUUGAGAAGCUUUAUCGUAAGAUUGCUCUUAGUCUAGUACGCCAAGGAGCAUCCGCGGGAGCGCCUGCUGCAUGGUUCGAAAAGGUUACGAUAGAUGAAUCAAACCUAGCGGAUUACGUAGGCAAACCAGUGUUCCGCGCAGAGAAGAUCUAUGAACAGACACCAGUCGGGGUUGUAAUGGGUCUAGCUUGGACAUCCAUGGGCGGCUCAACGUUGUACAUAGAGACAGCCUCUGUAGAAGAAGGACAAGGCAAAGGUGACCUUUAUGUAACGGGUCAGCUUGGGGAUGUGAUGAAAGAAAGCGCGGAGAUCGCUCACACGGUCGCCAGAAGAAUCAUGCUCGAGAAAGAACCCGAGAACCACUUCUUUGCGGAUUCCGAGCUUCAUCUACAUGUUCCUGAAGGAGCCACACCAAAAGAUGGUCCAAGCACAGGCUGCACCAUGAUCACUUCUUUGCUAUCACUUGCCAUGAAGCAGCCUGUAAAGAAGGAUCUUGCAAUGACCGGAGAAGUCUCUCUUACCGGUAGAAUCCUUCCAAUAGGCGGCGUUAAAGAGAAGACCAUAGGUGCGAGACGGAGUCAGGUCAAGACGAUAAUAUUUCCGGAGGAUAACCGUAAAGACUUUGAUGAGCUGCCGGAAAACUUGAAAGAAGGGCUCGAUGUUCAUUUCGUCGAUGAAUACGAUCAGAUUUUCGAGAUAGCUUUUGGGUAUCCCUUGGGAUCUCCUAUGUCGAAUAUAAAAUGCAAUCUGACAAGUCUCACUUGGGGGUUUAAGAAGGGAUUUGUGACCAGUCUUGGUCUUCUACAUUCUUCACCUUCCUACGAUUUCUUGCCUCUUAGGCAAAGCGUAACCCUAAAUUCCCGAAUUUCCUACUCAAGAUCUUUUUACGGGGCCCAGCUCGCGACUCCGGAAAUUCGGGUCGGGUCAACCCGGUUUAAGAGUCCACUCUUCCAGCUAACCGGAUGGAACCGGAGUUCUCACGAAUUUGGUCGCAGUGACGGCACUGAUUUCUUCUGCAAUGCAGUUGGGUCGGAUUCCGACCCGAAAUCCUCGCCAGCGAUUGUCUCAGAAACCACUAACCUCGAAGAUUGUCUAACGGUUAUAGCAUUGCCGUUGCCCAACAAGCCUCUUAUUCCUGGGUUUUACAUGCCAAUCACUGUCAAGGAUCCUAAGUUACUUGCAGCUUUACAAGAGAUCAGAUCUCCAUAUGCAGGGGCUUUCCUUUUGAAGGAUGACGUUUCAACUGAUUCGUUUUCUUCUACCUUUGAAACAGAGAACAUUCUAGACAAGUUGAGAUGCAAAGGAACAACAUCCAAAAAGAAAGGAAAAAAGUUGAAAGGCAAAGACUUGCUUCACCGUAUUCACCAAGUUGGCACACUUGCUCAGAUUUCAAGUAUCCAAGGUGAGCAAGUCAUCCUUAUUGGUCGCAGACGACUUCGAAUAACAGAGAUGGUGAGUAAAGAUCCUCUAACCGUCACAGUUGAACAUCUAAAGGAUAAGCCAUAUGACAAGGAAGGUGAUGUUAUCAAGGCAACAUUCUUUGAAGUUAUUUCAACGCUUAAGGAUGUCUUACAGACAACUUCACUCUGGAGAGAUCAACAUAUAGGUGAGUUCAAUUAUCAACAUUUAGCCGACUUUGGAGCCGGGAUCUCUGGCGCUAACAAACAACAGAACCAGGGGGUUCUUGAAGAACUGGAUGUUCACAAACGUCUGGAGUUGACGCUGGAAUUGGUGAAAAAACAAGUGGAAAUUAACAAGAAGACGGACGACGAAUCUUUACUUUCUGAAAAGAUUAGAGGGAGGUACAGCUUUAUGAAAGAAAAAAUCCCAAAACAUGUAUUAAAAGUCGUAGAAGAAGAGCUCACAAAACUGGAGACCUUGAGCUCAUGGUCAAGCGAUUUCGAUGUGACUCAUAACCACCUUGAUUGGUUGACCUUGUUGCCUUGGGGAAAGCUCAGUUACGACAAUUUUGAUGCCCAAAGGGCAAAAGAGAUUCUUGACAAGGACCAUUACGGAUUGUCUGAUGUGAAAGAAAGAAUUCUAGAGUUUAUUGCUGUGGCAAGACUUAGAGGCACUUCACAAGGGAAGAUCAUAUGCCUCUCAGGGCCUCCUGGAGUAGGUAAAACGAGCAUUGGGCGUUCUAUUGCACGUGCUCUUGGCCGCAAGUUCUUCCGGUUAUCUGUUGGAGGACUAUCUGAUGUUGCUGAGAUUAAGGGGCAUUGUCAAACAUAUGUGGGUGCAAUGCCUGGAAAGAUGGUGCAGUGUCUAAAGACUGUGGGGACAGAAAAUCCUCUUAUUCUUAUAGAUGAGAUUGAUAAGCUUGGACGGUGCCGCGAGGGCGACCCAGCCAGUGCCUUGUUGGAAGUUAUGGAUCCAGAGCAGAAUGCAAAUUUUCUAGACCACUUUCUUAAUGUUACUAUUGACUUAUCAAAGGUUUUAUUUGUAUGCACAGCAAAUGAGAUAGAUGCGAUUCCGGGUCCUCUGCUAGACAGAAUGGAGGUGAUUAGUAUCGCAGGGUAUACUAGUGAUGAGAAAUUGCAUAUUGCUAGAGACCAUUUGUUGAAAACCACAUGCAGAGAUUGUGGGAUCAAGUCUCAACAGGUUGAUCUGAGCGAUGCAGCUCUUCUUUCGUUGAUAGAGAAUUACUGCAGAGAAGCUGGAGUUCGAAAUCUGCAGAAACAUAUUGAGAAGAUUUAUCGUAAGAUUGCUCUUAAACUAGUACGCCAAGGAGCAUCCUCGGAUAUUACUGACACUGAAGAUACGAAAUCUUUGGCCAAGACCAAUUCGGAGGUUGAAAGAAUGAAACUGGCUGAUAUUAUGAAGAUACUCGAAUCAGCAACCGGUGGUUCAACAGAAUCGAAGGCUAAGCAGAGCGGAGAGGUAGUAGCUAAAAUGGUUGAAAAGGUUAUGAUAGAUGAAUCAAACCUUGCGGAUUACGUAGGCAAACCAGUGUUCCGCACAGAGAAGAUCUAUGAACAGACACCAGUCGGAGUUGUAAUGGGUCUAGCUUGGACAUCCAUGGGCGGCUCAACGUUGUACAUAGAGACGGCCUCUGUAGAAGAAGGACAAGGCAAAGGUGGUCUGCAUAUAACGGGUCAGCUCGGGGAUGUAAUGAAAGAAAGCGCAGAGAUCGCUCACACGGUCGCCAGAAGAAUCAUGCUGGAGAAAGAACCAGAGAACCGCUUCUUUGCGGAUUCCAAGCUUCAUCUACAUGUUCCUGCAGGGGCCACACCAAAAGACGGCCCAAGCGCAGGCUGCACAAUGAUCACUUCAUUGCUAUCACUUGCCAUGAAGAAGCCAGUAAAGAAGGAUCUUGCAAUGACCGGGGAAGUCACCCUAACCGGUAGAAUUCUUCCAAUAGGCGGCGUUAAGGAGAAGUCUUUAGCUGCGAGACGGAGUCAGGUCAAGACGAUAAUAUUUCCCGAGGCUAACCGUAAAGAUUUUGAUGAGCUCCCGGAAAACCUGAAACAGGGGCUCAGUGUUCAUUUCGUUGAUGAAUAUGAGCAGAUAUUCGAGAUAGCCUUUGGGUAUCAUAUGGGAUCUCCUGUUUUGAAUACUAAAAAGUAAACUGACAAGUCUCACUUGGGGUUUCUUCAUUCGUUGUUUUCAAUAAUAUUAUCAUUGAUUCUUCAUUCUCUAGUCUAGAUGAGAUCGAUAAGGUAGCUUAGCUUAUUAGCAUUUUGAAUUGGCCUUUCGGAGUUUCUUCAUAAUGUAUAUUUUGUGAAAUCAACCUGUUUUGCUUCGCUUUUACGGUGUGGUUUUGUGAAAUCUUUUUGAUGUGACAUCAAAUGGAGAAAAGCAGACUUUGGAGCAUAUUGAGAUUUUCCAUCUUUCGAUUUA